AUGACAAGUAAGUUUUAUUUAGUGGACUCUGGGUAUGCCAAUCAACCGGGGUUUUUGGCCCCUUACCGGGGUCAACGUUACCACAUGCAGAAAUAUCGUAGACAUACUAGAGGACCACGUGGUAGAGAAGAGGUGUACAAUUUUAGGCACUCGUCAUUGAGGAAUAUCAUAGAGCGAUGUUUUGGGUUGGUAAAGAUGAGAUUCGCUAUAUUGAAGCAAAUGCCCCCUUAUCACUUUGACACUCAAGUUCUUAUUAUCAUUGCUCGUUGUACAUUGCAUAAUUUCAUAAGAUCCCAAGGUAAAUCUGAUGAAAUUUUUUAUUCUGAAACCCCUCAAUCUUCACAAAAUGAACCUGAUGUGGAUGACGAUGUUCAGGUGGCCAGUGCUACUAAUACACAGAUACGACAAAUGGAUAUUUAUCGUGAUGGUAUUGCCAACCUAAUUUGGGAGCAUUGUAAUCACUAA